AUGAGUGUGGGAGCAGAGUGGACACAGGGCGCAGAACGCAGGCUCAGAGCACAGACACGGGCGGAGGCGUCCCCUCAUAAAACAUUUGGAAUCAAGAGGUUCCUGGCCAAGAAACAGAAGCAGAAUCAUCCAAUUGCACAAUGGAUUCAAAUGAAAACUAGUAAGAUCGAGUACAAGUCAAAGAGGAGACACUGGAAGAGGACUAAGCUUGGAUUAUAA